AUCCAAUCACUUUCACACAGCUUAGCUUACUCGCAAAGCACACUCUUCGAUGCGUGAGACCCCUUCUAAAUCAAAACGAACCUUUCUCUUUCAUACUUUUCCUUUUUUUCUUCGUUUUCUGUUUUAACCCUUCAACUUGUUCAACUAGUGCACACACUACACACUAUCCCUGGUUUUUGCGAUCUUGAUUUCAAUCUCAAUUUCAUCGAUUCCUUUUCCCAAUUUUCAUACCUAACUUCUAAUUAGGGUUUCCGAUUUUCAUGAAUUAACUAGGAGAUACAAUAGAUAAUUGUUUUCUCUAGGUUAAUUUAAUUGGAUCUCAAUGGGGAAAGGAGGCGAAAAUUAUGGAAGAAAAGAGAACACGAGUUCUGAUAAUUCAGACGGUGAAAUCUUCAAAGCUUGGUCGAAAGAUGUGCGUGAAUGCGAAGAACACUUUAAGGUGAGUGUGAAAACGGGUUUGAGUCACGAUGAGGUUGAGAAUCGGCGUAAGAUCUAUGGUUUUAACGAAUUGGAGAAGCACGAUGGCCAAUCCAUUUGGAAAUUGGUUUUGGAACAGUUUAACGAUACGUUGGUUCGGAUUCUUCUCGCUGCUGCGAUUAUUUCGUUUGUUUUGGCUUGGUAUGAUGGUGAUGAAGGUGGUGAGAUGGAGAUUACGGCUUUUGUUGAGCCCUUGGUGAUCUUUUUGAUAUUGAUUGUGAAUGCUAUUGUCGGGGUUUGGCAAGAAAGUAAUGCGGAGAAGGCUUUGGAGGCUUUGAAGGAGAUUCAAUCGGAGCAAGCUUCGGUGAUUAGGAAUAAUGAGAAGAUACCUAGCUUGCCCGCAAAGGAUCUUGUGCCUGGUGAUAUCGUGGAGCUUAAGGUUGGAGAUAAGGUGCCUGCUGAUAUGAGGGUUGUUGAAUUGAUAAGUUCGACGUUGAGAUUGGAGCAGGGUUCUUUGACUGGUGAGAGUGAAGCCGUGAAUAAGACUAAUAAGCCUGUUGCUGAGGAUGCUGAUAUUCAAGGGAAAAAGUGUAUUGUGUUCGCGGGGACAACUGUUGUUAAUGGUCAUUGCUUUUGCUUGGUUACUCAGACUGGUAUGGAUACUGAGAUUGGGAAGGUGCAUAACCAGAUACAUGAGGCGUCGCAGAGUGAGGAAGAUACUCCUUUGAAGAAGAAGCUUAAUGAAUUCGGAGAGAGGUUGACAAUGAUGAUUGGACUUAUUUGUAUUUUGGUUUGGCUCAUCAAUGUUAAGUAUUUCCUUACAUGGGAUUAUGUUGAUGAUGGGUGGUGGCCUACCAACUUCAAGUUUUCAUUCGAGAAGUGUACGUAUUACUUUGAGAUUGCUGUGGCGUUGGCUGUGGCUGCUAUCCCCGAGGGAUUGCCUGCGGUCAUUACGACUUGUCUCGCACUUGGUACUCGCAAAAUGGCCCAGAAGAAUGCCCUGGUUAGGAAGCUACCAAGUGUUGAAACCCUGGGUUGCACAACUGUGAUAUGUUCUGAUAAAACUGGUACACUGACUACAAACCAGAUGGCUGUUUCGAAACUUGUAGCUAUUGGCACUAAUGUAGACGCACUGCGAGCCUUUAAGGUCGAAGGAACUACCUAUAAUCCAAAUGAUGGUCAAAUAGAGAACUGGCCGGCUGGUCAAUUGGAUGCUAACCUUCAGACGAUGGCGAAAAUAGCUGCUGUUUGUAAUGAUGCCGGAAUAUCACAGUCAGAGCAUAAGUUUGUUGCCCAUGGAAUGCCUACUGAAGCAGCUUUGAAGGUUUUGGUAGAGAAGAUGGGCCUUCCUGAAGGAUCCAAAAAUGUACAAUCAGGAAGCAAAAGUACUAUACUGCGUUGUUGUGAAUGGUGGAACGAACAUGACCGGCGGAUUGCUACUCUUGAGUUUGACCGCGACAGGAAGUCAAUGGGUGUUAUUGUAGACUCUGGUGUGGGGAAAAAGAAGUCGCUUCUGGUUAAGGGUGCUGUCGAAAAUGUGUUGGAUAGAAGCUCUAAAGUUCAGUUACGUGAUGGUUCAGUUGUAAAGCUGGACAAUAAUGCUAAGAACCUCAUAUUACAAGCUCUUCAUGAGAUGUCCACCAGUGCAUUACGCUGUUUGGGAUUUGCCUACAAGGACGAGCUCACUAAUUUUGAAAACUAUAAUGGGAACGAGGAUCAUCCAGCCCACCAGCUUUUGCUUGACCCUAACAAUUAUUCAUCAAUUGAAGAUGAACUCAUUUUUGUUGGCUUGGUUGGAUUGAGGGAUCCUCCUAGGGAGGAGGUUUACCAGGCAAUUGAAGACUGCAGAGCAGCUGGAAUUCGUGUUAUGGUUAUAACAGGAGACAACAAAAACACUGCUGAAGCUAUAUGCCGUGAAAUAGGUGUAUUUGCACCCAAUGAAAACAUUAGUUCAAAAAGUUUAACCGGUAAAGAUUUUAUGGAACUCCGUGAUAAAAAAGCUUAUCUGAGACAGACUGGUGGGCUUUUGUUUUCGAGGGCUGAACCUAGACACAAGCAGGACAUUGUGAGGCUUCUUAAAGAGGACGGGGAGGUGGUAGCUAUGACUGGGGAUGGUGUUAAUGAUGCACCUGCCUUAAAGCUUGCAGACAUUGGUAUUGCAAUGGGCAUUGCAGGGACAGAGGUGGCAAAGGAAGCUUCAGAUAUGGUGUUAGCAGACGAUAAUUUUAGUUCAAUUGUCGCUGCUGUUGGUGAAGGUAGAUCUAUCUACAAUAACAUGAAGGCUUUUAUCAGGUACAUGAUCUCUUCCAAUAUUGGCGAGGUCGCUUCUAUAUUUCUUACAGCUGCACUAGGUAUUCCUGAAGGACUGAUACCUGUCCAGCUUCUGUGGGUCAAUCUUGUCACUGAUGGACCCCCUGCAACAGCUUUGGGAUUUAAUCCUCCAGAUAAGGAUAUAAUGAAGAAGCCUCCUCGUCGCAGUGAUGACUCACUUAUUAACUUGUGGAUUUUAUUCCGCUAUCUGGUUAUUGGGAUUUAUGUUGGAUUAGCUACUGUUGGUGUCUUCAUUAUAUGGUAUACACAUGGUUCCUUCAUGGGAAUUGACCUCAGCAGCGAUGGACAUACUCUUGUCACUUACUCCCAACUUGCCAACUGGGGUCAAUGCUCCUCUUGGAAUAACUUCACUGCUGCUCCCUUCACCGCUGGUUCUAGAAUCAUCUCUUUUGAUGCUGACCCAUGCGACUACUUCACUACUGGUAAAGUGAAAGCUAUGACACUGUCCCUCUCUGUGCUGGUAGCUAUUGAAAUGUUCAACUCUCUCAAUGCUCUGUCUGAAGAUGGAAGCCUUUUGACAAUGCCUCCCUGGGUGAACCCUUGGCUUCUUUUGGCAAUGUCCGUUUCGUUUGGGCUGCACUUUUUGAUCUUGUAUGUGCCAUUCUUAGCAAAAGUUUUUGGCAUAGUGCCCCUGAGCUUCAAUGAAUGGCUUUUGGUUUUGGCGGUUGCAUUGCCUGUCAUUCUAAUUGACGAGGUUUUGAAAUUUGUUGGGAGAUGUACAAGUGGGUCUGCAAGAAGAUCAAAGCAAAAAUCAGAUUAGACAACUUACAGUAGACUUUAGAGAAAUUGAUCAGUCCUUGAAUAGGUUGAAAGUUGUUAUCCUUAGACUGAAGAGGUGGCCUCAACACCAAUUAGUUUUAUAUAAGUACUAUUUUAGGCCUCUCUGUAGUCAUCAUCCCAGUUUAUGAUGAGGGAUGAUUUGCAUUGGGUGCACUAUAAGUUUCUUUUAAUCUUUUAUUAUCAUCUUUUUUGCUUUGUUCUUUGAACAUUUUCAGGAUUUUCAAAAGGAAGGAAAAAACCUUUUGUUUAUUUUUCACAUUUGUCUUCCUGAAAAAACAGAAGUAGGUUCUGGUUGAAUUUUUGUUUGUUAUAUUUUCUGAUGCACAGGAAGUAUGUGCGAACUAGAAAUCGUAAGAUGAAUUCUUUUUAUUAGAUUGUAUUUUAACUUCA